CCGCGUGCGUGUACGCGCUCUCGCUCGCGUAUAAUAUUAUUAUUAUUAUUGUAAUACUGUAACUGACCGCGCGCGCGCCGCUAACGUUAUUUUUUCGCGCUACUCGGCCCGAGUGGGAUCGCUUCGGACGGACGGACGGACCGACGGACGGACGAACGAACGGGCGGCUGGUGGGGGGAACUCGUCGGUAACGGUGGCGGUGGCGGCGGCGGUCGACGAAGACGCGCCGGGCGAAACUGGGUUGUCCUCCGGCCCGGCAGUGGAACAGACGCAUCCGAUACGCGAACAACACUCUCUCGACGUCGCGGCACACUACGCACACGACGCGCGACGACGGUCAUAAUAGUUAUAUAGGCAGUAAUCGCGAAUAAUAUCGAUCGUCGUCAGAUCGUUAGAAUAUCGGACCGCGCAGUGAUCGUAUAAACCUCACGGGUGUAAUAUUUCGUUUGUGUGAAUUUUAUAAGAAAUAAUAAUAAUUAAUAAUAUCAUCAUUAUUAUUAUUUAUUAUUUUAUCGUUGGUUUAUCGUUGUACAGUAGUAGUUGUUAUCGAUAUUGUUUUCGUGUGAUUUCAUUUGUUUGUUCGUAUUCUUUUUAUCACAUCUCUCGUUUUACCAUUUUUGUCGAUCGAUCGGCGAACAAAAAACGUUUGGUGUUUUUGUGCCGUCCACUGCGACAUGGCCACGCGAAUGCUAAUAUUAAAUAUUUGUUACGUGACGGCCGUUUAAACUUUUGAAGUGUCCAAGUGUGUUCCGCGUGAGGAUAAAACGACGCCACUGCCGCCGCAUUUGCUGCUCAGCCGACACUUCACCGAUCAUCGGAUAAACGCAGAUAUUUCGUAUUUUUAUUCGUUGCUGCGAAGACACAGCCUCAGACCACGGCGGUCUGUAGAUGAUCUACUAAUCAGACGGCGUGGCCAAAGUGAUGAGCGUGGUGGACACGUCUCCUCCGGCGUGGUACACCUACUACCCACGACCCGUGGUCCCAUCAGUAGCGCAUCCGCGCGACCCGUCCAGCAUGCGCGAGAAGCACUCGAGCCCGCGCAAGAUGGUCGCCGUUCCCGCAGUGGUUCCGUGCAUGUCGCCCAAACAGGGUUCCGUGUACCCGGCUCACCACCAUCUCCAUAAUCACCGCCGGCAUCACGAUCAGCCGGACCACCGUCAUUACCGUGACGACGACGGCUCCGCCGCCGACAAUGACGAUGACGAGGACGACGACGACAUGAUGCCGUUUGACCUAUCGCGCAACGGUGGCAGCUCUCCAUCAUCGUCACCACGGUCGCCGCUCCGGUCACACCGCAUGUCACCCGCCGCGUUCAAACCGUAUGACGGCAGUGGCACCGGCGUUAACAACGACCAACCACUUGACCUGCGAGUCGAAUACAAGAAGUCACGCCGCGGUGACGAAAUGGAAGACGAGAACCAGAACCUGAUCAUCAGGACGCCGUCCCCGGAGGACAUUGAAGUCGACAGCCCAGGACCACCGUCCGCUGGCUUGCAGCGCUACGCACCUCACCACGUCGACCACAACGACCGUGGUGCCGUAGUCCACAGCCCCUGUUCGUCGUCUGACAAGGAAGUUAACGUGACCGACGACCACCAUCAUCACCACCAACACUACCAACCACCUCAACACCAUCAGAACCAGAACCAGAACCAGCUGCAGCAGCACCAACAGCAACAGCACCUACAGCAGCAGCAGCAGCAGCAACAACAACAACAACAACAACAACAACAACAACAACAACAACAGCAACAACAACAACAGCAACAUCAACAUCACCGGCGCGGUGGCAUAACCGUCGAAGAUGAACGGCAUCAUCACCAGCGGAUGGUAAACUAUCCGGUGCUGUUCCCGCCACAGCCACUUCACCCUAUGAUGUUAGAAGCUAUAUACAGGGCGGGCGCUGUGGGCGACAAGUCCCGCAUGCCUUCGUCACUGGCUGGUUACCAAACGGGUGGUGGUUACCACAGGCCGUCGCAGCACUAUCCGUUCAUCAACUCGCCACUGCUCAACGGGCACCAUCAUGUGCCGCCGCCCACCUACGACGUUGUCAGACAGCCACCGCCGCCUCCGCUGCCACCACCAGUAGCCAGAUCUCCGCAGCAGAAGUCGUCAGCGUUCCAGGAGACGUCUGGCAAACCAAAAGAUAGGUACUCGUGCAAGUUUUGUCAGAAAGUGUUCCCGCGCAGCGCCAACUUGACCAGGCAUUUGCGGACGCACACGGGCGAACAGCCUUACAAGUGCAACUACUGCGAGCGGUCGUUCAGCAUAUCGUCCAACUUGCAGAGGCACGUGCGCAACAUCCACAACAAGGAGAAACCGUUCAAGUGCCCGCUGUGCGAGCGGUGCUUCGGGCAGCAGACCAACCUGGACCGGCACCUUAAAAAGCAUGAGGCCGACGGGCCGACCAUAAUGGAUGACCGGCUGUCCUCGUCAGCGGCGGUGGUGGCUGCGGCAGCCGCAGCGGCCGCGGCUGAACGGAGGCGCCCGUCCCGGGGUCCCGGCGCCGGCGACGAAUCCUACUUCGAGGAAAUCCGAUCGUUCAUGGGCAAGGUGAGUGAGGACGGCAGCAGGUUCGCCGCAGCGGCUGCAGCAGCAGCGGCGGCCGCGGCCAUCGGCCAUCGCCGUGGCGGACACGGGCAUCUGGCCGGCGGACGGCGACAGUCGACGACGUCUGCCUCGUGCCCGUACCGCCGUGGCUCGGCAGGCGAUGCGCCUCCAACCGAAAGGUUCUCGUCCCGGUCGUCCGCCUCGUCGGCCGGUUCGACGGAAUCGUCUUCGGGCGCGGCCGACGCGUCCGCCGCCGCCGCAAACGCCGAAAAGGAGUGCGUCAACAGCACCUGACCCACCGCCUCUGCGGACACGGCCGCGACAUCUUCCCAUCGAGAUCGUCACACUGUUGCUGGUACCACGAACACGGUUACCACCAUCAGCCGCCGACGACGUGGCUGAGUCCGACUUCGAUGACGUGGCUGAGUCCGAUGACGACGACGACUCGUAUAAUAUGCACCCUGCAGGCACGUUGGACGGAUCUCCGCGGGUGAGUAAACGACCCCGUGAAGCAAAUUUUUUUUCUGCGUUGUUUCAUAUCGUUUCAUUUGUUUCUAUGCAAUUUUUUACGAGGUAACAAAUAAUAUAAUAUAAUAUACGAAUUACAUAAUUUCUAAUACGAUAUUUUUUAGUAUUUUUAGUGUAACGUGUACAUAGUUUUUAGUUGCGGAUUGUAUUAUUAUUUUAUUUUUUUUAUAUAUAUAUAAUAUAUAGUUUAUCAUAUUAUUAUUAUCGCGUGUAAAUAUUUUAUGUAGUAGAAUCUACACAGGUUAUUAAGAUUUGCAUAUAUUAUAUUUUUGUAAACUCGCUCCUCCCCGCAACUGUUUGUGAUCGUUCUGUGAUAAUAACAGGUAUAUCGUGGCGAUUAGCUCUUCGCAUUCGAUAAGCAUGUAACGUGUCAACUGCGACAGUUUUACUAGUUUUUGACAAUAUUAUCAGUGGUACGUAUACUUAACUUGCCGAAUCCAUAAUAAUAUUAUAAUAAUACGUAUAAUAUGUUAUUCUCAUUUGAAUAUGUUACGUUAUAUUUUUAGUUUAGAUUUUGACCCACCGCGAUCCACACGCUUUCGUUUCGAUCGUAACAGAAUUUACUAAAAGACUUAAAAUAUAAUCUAUAACAAUAUUAAUUAAAAAAAACUCUAAUAGCAGUUUUAUAAUCUUAUAAAGACAGUGUCGCACAUCAAUGAACAAUAACGACGAGUGAUUACAUAGGUUAGAUCGAGACAAAUGUCGAGAUUUCAUCAUUUUCGGUGUUAGUACAAUCCUGCAACAGGUGGCCCGCCACCAUGCACCAAAUCUCUUCAUCUUCGUGCGUUCGCUCGAAAAUUUUACGUGGAGAAUCGGUUUCUGAAAAGUUAAACUGCACUUUACUAGCGUUCAACACGGAAAUGUCCUCUAAAACGCAGCAUGCACCUCUAUAUACGACACGAAAUACGUUUCGUAAUACGAUUACGAUCACUGUACGACGACACGCGCAUUAUAGUUGCAUACGGUUUUUACGUGCGUCUGUGCUUGCAGUCAGACGGGAAACGAUGAAAAUGUGAUCCGAACACGGUCGAUAGACGGACAAACUGGGAGCGGGGGCGAAAAAAGUAUCUCGAAAUAUAUCAUGCUUUAUAUACUUGGUGGUGCGCUCGUGUCAAACGAAUCGGACGACGACGGCUGUACAGGUAUAGAGGUAGGUAGGUAGGUAGGUAUAGUAUAUUAGAAAACGGUUUCUCUAUCGGCCAAUAGUGCAUUUCGCAUUACCAUAAUAUUUAAAACGCGUCGAGCAGGAUGCUCUAGAUUCAGCUGGUGUAUGUGUAUGUGUCUGUGUGUGCAGGUCGAAAACCGGUCGAUGAAAUCGUUAUAUACGGUUUGUUUUUUUUUCACUCGUAACACACGCACGCACACACUCACGUACCCACUUGUGUGCGCGUAUUAUUUUUUUUAACUUCCAGUUCGAUAAUAUACGGUUUUCUCGCUAACCGGUUCCCCUGUACGACCGCCGCCGCUUCGGAUGCUGCGCAGUGCGCGGACACGAAAAAAGAAAAAAAUUAUCAAUUAUUAUUGUUAUACGUUUAUAAUAUUGUGUAAACGUAUGUUUUGGUUAUUAUUAUUUUUUUUGCUCUCAACACCCGUGUUUAACGAAGGGUACUUAUAAAAUCACGGUUAUACUUAAAUAUUGUAAAUAAUAAAAAAAAGUAUUAUUUUAAUAAAUACAUAUAGAGUGAACGUCAAAGUUCGUCUGUGAGUAUAAAAGUAUGUACAUAAAAUAAUUAUGUUAAUUUUCUCGCUUGGGGUGUUUCGGAGGUGUUUCUGUACGGAAUACGGUUAAAAACUACAAAAAUCCAAAAAAAAAAAACAAAACUAAUAAGAAACGAUUCGCGUCCACCGCAAUGUUCUGUAAUAUUUCUUAAAAUGUUAUACUAUUGAUUAUGAUGAAAAAAAA